AUGCAAAUGACGAUAGUGGCUGAACUUCACAGACUAAUUCGACGCAAUUAUCCACGCCGGUUCAUAGAUGUACGUGGACUUGAUGAGACCUGGCAAUACGCGUGGGUGGUGCCGAUAAAGUCCAAGAGUGGAAAAGAUGUGACGGCUGCCAUAAAAUCUGUGCUGGCGCAGAACCGCAAACCAAAGCAUCUACACGUCGAUCAGAGCAAAGAAUUUUACAACAGCGAAUUCAAGGCACUCAUGAAGCAGCGCAAUAUCAACAUGUAUUCGACAUCCAGCAAUUUAAACUCGUCAAGAUGCGAGCCCUUCAAUCAAACGUUGAAAAAUAAAAUGUGCAAGCGGUUUGCUCACCGAGGAUCGCACAAGCGGAUUGACAUUUUGAGCGAUUUAAUGAAAUCAUACAACAACACCAAGCAUGGCACGAUUCGGAUAAAGCAGGUGGAUGUCAGAUACCAGUUAAUCCGAUACUUCAUUGAAUCUAAUGCUGGGGACUCAUUGCCUAACAUUGAAAGGAAUUCUCAAGCACCGUUGAGUGGACUGAAGGCGUAUCAUUUGGUUACAAUUUGA